AGUCAGACAUUGUCCUCCAAGGAGCAGCAGCAAUGAAGGCACUAGUGCUCGCCCUCCUCUUCCUCUUCAUUGCAGUCAUUGAAGCCAAACAAUACUCCAGAUGUGAAUUCGCUAGACUUCUGAAACGAAGUCUCGUGGAUGGAUAUCAUGGCUACAGCUUGGGCAACUGGAUCUGUAUGGCUUAUCAUGAGAGUGGCUUUAAAACCCAUGCUGUGAAUAUAAAUGACAACGGCAGUCGUGACUAUGGGAUAUUCCAGAUAAACAGCCGCUAUUGGUGCAACAAUAACCAGGGCCGUACAAAGAAUGGCUGUAGGAAGCCUUGCAGUGAUUUCUUAAAUGAUGACAUCACGGAUGAUAUUGCUUGUGCUAAGAAAAUUGUACAUGAUAAACAAAAGAUGAAUGCUUGGAGGGGCUGGCAAAAACACUGCCAAGGAAGAGAUCUAUCAAAAUGGACUCAGGGCUGCAACCUCUGAGAUUGAUGAUCCUGCAUUUCUCUUCCUUCUCCUGUGAUGAAAAUGAUGCUACUUCUUAUAAAACAAACAUUUAACAACUUGAUUCUAUGCUUGUACCUCACAUGUUGAGAUGAAUUGAUUUCUUUGCACACAAAGGAUGAUUUUUAAAAGAUUUCUGGGUAGGAAGAAGGAAUGAGUUUGUUUUUUAAAAUCUUCAAAAACUGCUUCAAUAAAAUGAGUAUUAUGCAUUAUGA